AUGUCUCGCGGAACCGACGAGCUGGCAGCGGCUCUCAGCGCUCGCCGCGGUCCCGGCGCGCCAGGCAGCCCCUCCUCACAGCCCCGCCGCCGCUGCUGCUGCUGGGCCAUGUUGCAUUUUCCUCGCCUCUCUGCCCUCCUCCUCCUCUGGGCAAGCGGCGUUGUUUGGGCGGCAGCGCCAGCGGCAACUCGCCUCAGAUCACCUGACACGGACCCGCCGCCGCCGCCGUGGCUACCUUACC